ACAAAGUUUGACGCAAAUACAUGGCAGGCUUAUCGUUUGCUAGAAAUCUAGCUAACUUCGCGAGCUGACGUUAAUCAAGUUGUGGGUUUGUUUGAUUUUAUUUUGGUUGGAAUAGUUUAGUAUUCGCUAGGGACAAUUAUAGAUAAGCAUACAAUAAAACGUUCAUAUAAUGCGUAUAAGUCAAAACAGUAACGCUAAUUAGCGUUAGGUAUAUUAGGUUAGCUAGCUAGCGAUAUCUGUUUGCUUUGAUGGAUGAAUUAGUGCCGUGAUUAUGUAGCUAACUUUAGCUAGCAUGCGCCCUCUUGAUUUAGGGGACUCCGUUUCCACAGUGAUAAAGAUGUCUUCAUAUUUGCCAGCUGUCGCCGAACAACUUUUAAAAGACAUAAGGAAGGUUUAUCAAGAGACAUCACAAAUUCCUGAUGAUCUUCUUUUGGCGCUGAAGUUUGUGUUCGGACCCUCAGCUCUGCAGGCCCUGGACCUGGUGGACCAGCGCUCCGUCACCUGCCUGUCUUCGCCCAGCGGACGUGCUGUGUUUCAGGUGAUCGGAGGGUCGGGACGCCUGUACACCUGCUACACCUCCUGCCACUACUGCCCCUGCCCGGCCUUCGCCUUCUCCGUCCUCCGGAGGAACGACAGCCUGCUGUGUAAACACAUUCUGGCUGCCUACCUCUGCCAGACCAUGGGGCUGUCCCAGCAGGAGGUGGUGACCAACCAGCAGAUGUCCGACAUUCUCUCUGGAAAAGCAGGCCAGGGCACAUAGGCCCCAGGCCCUGGAGGUCUACACUCGACACUCCCCCAUUAUUGGCAUUUGGCAGACGCUCUUAUCCAGCCCCCCUUAGUCCCGGCGCACAUACUUGCGCUUCUUUGCCUUUCUGAAGCCCCUCGUCCCUGGGUGGAUCAGUUGGGGGAAAUGUUUGGUGCUCCUAGCAGCCAAGCAGGCUCUUCGUGUCACUGCUACGAGGCAUCUUCACGUAGGGAUGCCAUUUUAGGGCACCCUUGCUCCAGUGGUGCUGGAAUGGUGUCCUCAGUUCCUUAGUCUCACCCGGGUAACAUCCUUAUUGAGUCAUUUGCGAAUGUUGACUUAGCUAUCAGAUGGCCUGGCGGGCCCUUCCAGCUGUUGCAGGGAGGCCUUCAUAGCAGUUAUUACACUAAACAAUAUGAUGGCAUAUAAAAGAUGGUGGCUUGAUAAUGGUCUACUAACUCUUUGGUACACAUGUGCGCCAUCGGGUAACCAUUUUGCCUUGAAAAAAUCGCAAAACAUUGUUGGGUAUGUUUCCAUUAAAGAAAUCAACUAGUCUAAAUUUUCAUUCAGAUAAAUAUUGGAUUUGUCUGAUAAAAUCCAAUGAAAAAAUGUAUAAAUGGAACCCAUUUAUGUUUGUUUAAUUGUUCUACCUUAUUGGUCAGUCAAUUAGUACAGUUCUGCAAACUUUUAUUUUUUUUGUUAGUUCUGUAUAACUUUGUUGUGUCGGUUUGUUGGUCUGUAUUUUGCUGAUGUAACACUGUGUUUUUGUUUGAGUAUUUUGAGCUACUAUGUCCAUAAAAAUGUACAUCUGUUUCCUGA